AUGCCUCGAAACACAGCUAAACAUUCCUCGUUGCCCCAAACUAAUUUGCCUCUCUCAUCCCUCGAGUCUUCUUUCUUCGAUUCCCUUGAUGAACUAGCAAACUGGGAAAGGCGGAUCCAUGAGAAGUCGUUUGAGCUCGACGAGCUCAACAAACCUACUGAAAAACUCGCACAUUAUACAAGAGCAAGACAGCAAAGCACGUCAGAAGACGUUAAGCUUCUAGUUUGUCAUGAUUUGAAGGGCGGCUACCAGGUCAACGAGGAUGAGGACCCCCUAGGAUACUUCCCCCAUCCGGACGGCCAGCAUUAUUUCCUCCAGUAUCCGCAGUUAGUCGACAAGUUUGUGUAUUUCUCUCAUCAUCGCGUCAGUAUCCCGCCGGUGUCUUGGAUCAAUGUGUGCCACCGAAACGCGAUCAAGUGUUUGGGUACUGUCAUCUUUGAGGGCAACACUUAUCGCGACUUUGAGGAGGCUGAUAAAUUGCUCACAAAGCAAGACGGAGAGUAUGUUUUUGUCAGAUGCCUAGUUGCGCUGGUGGAAUAUUUCCAAUUCGAUGGCUACCUUUUCAACAUAGAGACCAGGUUCAGCAAUACGCGAAUAGCCAGUCUUCUAGAGCCAUUUUUGGAACAGUUAAGAGCUGAGCUUCAUGUGCGAAACCCAUCAACAGAGCUUAUAUGGUACGACUCCUACAUUUACCCAGAAAAUAGGGUUCUAUACAAGAAUGGUGUUACCGAGGCCAACUACAAUUUUUUCUCCUGCUGUGAUUCCUUUUUCACCAACUACUGGUGGAACGUGAAACAUCUACAAGAUAAUAUUAAAAACGUUGGUGUUUUGGGAUCCCGACUGAAGGUCUAUGCUGGCUACGACGUAUGGGGAAGAGGCACGAUGAUAGGAAAAGGAGGUUAUGAUUCGGCCCUGGCAUGCCAGAUGAUCAAGAAGUACCGUUCCAAUGUCGCUCUAUUUGCUCCUGCUUGGACCUAUGAAUACUUGGCUCGAAAAGACUUUACCCAAAACGAUACUCGAUUUUGGAUAGGCCUUUUUGAUGGUGAAUCUUCCAUGGCGACUACUUUCAAGCCCUAUAGCUCGCCGCUUUACAAAAUCAACGACUCCAAUUUUGUUUUCUACACCAACUUUGGAUCUGGAGAGGGCUGUGCGUUUUACGAGUGCGGCGAAAAAGUGUAUCGCGAUAAUUGGGUUAAUGGUUCAUUGCAAAUGGAAAUUCCCUAUGCUAUUCACACGAGAAAUAAAAAUGGGAUACAAUGGACGUUAUCAAAAGAGGACUCAUUUCAUGGGGGUUCUUGUGUGGAGAUCAAAUACAAUGAAGUCGUUGACGAUAAAGGCUACCAAGUAUUCAACAACCAGACGAUUAAUUCGUUCUCGUUAUUUUCAUUUGUCCAGGAUUGUUCUUUCCCAACGGUAAACGUGAAAUUGACCUACAAGCUGAACCAUAAGACCAAGUCUUUUUUCAAGCUCAAAAUUGGCUACUAUAUUGAACGGCGCUAUAGAACUGUUCAGAAGGUGAGAAGUGGAUGUCUGGUGGUUCCAUUGCUUUCAACAAACGAUCAAUGGUUCACAAUAGAAGAACCGUUCCAUGUAAGUUUGCAGAAUUCACAUGAAUUCAUAGUCCUGGAUUCGGCUACAAUAUUCUACGAAGAGACUGAAGAUCCAUUCAUGCGCGCGCACGUGGUUGAAGAUCAGUCGACCUCAAGUGUUAUCGACAACGAGGAAUACGAGAAACUAAUGAAUAGCGAGAUAUAUUUCGAUGACGAAGAUGAGGACUGGAUUCUCGUCCCUUCUGACAUCUCAAUGGAAUCAACCGAUAACGGAGGAAGGGAAAAUCAUACAUGGAAAGUGAUCAGCAAUCAAAUACGCAAAAAACACCCGAAAUCGCAUCCUUCCACAUCGCCUGUACUAAAGCUGGGAGAACUCGCUAUCAUAAAUGCCAAUGACUACCCAUCAGACAGUUUUUUCAAGCUUAUGCCGGUAAACUCCAUUGAUGUUAGGCGGUGGGAAGGUAAGAUCUUGCUAAUAUGGAAAACGAAUCAGGAUUCAGUUCUUUACCAUCUAAUAUUUGUUGAUGAUGUGUUUCAAGGCAUAUCGUUAGUGUCCAAGUUUGUCUUCGAAGAUCAGGCGGUUGACGAAAAGAGUUUCAAGACAAAAUCUGGAGGCUCUACGAAAGUGAGGAUUGAUACCGUCAACAGACUUGGAAUACUUGUCAAGGGUACCGAUAUGCACAUUUGA